AUUGAUGAUAAAUUUUCGGAAGAUUGCAACCAAUGCCAAUGUUUAUCAACUGGCUACGUUCGAUGUUCUACCAACGUUUGCAAAUGUACUUACAACAACCAGAUAUAUAACGUAGGCGAAACACUUAGAGAGGGCUGUAAUACAUGUAAGUGUGAAGCGAAUGGAAGAGUAAGCUGUACUAAUAACCCAUGUAACUGCAAUUACAAUAGAAACACCUAUCAAAUAGGUGAUUCAUUUAAAAUCGGUUGCAAUGUUUGUACCUGUGAAUCUAAUGGUUUGGUUAUCUGCACUAAAAUUCUGUGUUCCUGUAAUUACAACGGUAAGCGUUAUGAAAUUGAUUCUAUAUGGUAUAAUGAUUGCAACAAAUGUCAGUGCACUUCUGAUGGGAGAGUGAAUUGUGAGCAAAAAACAUGUGACAAACCUUGUACAUACAAAGGAAAAACUUAUUCUGUCGGUGAAACAUUUAAAGAUGACUGCAAUGCGUGUAGAUGUGGACAGUUUGGUCGUGUAGUUUGUACUAAAAUGUAUUGUCCCCCAACAACAUGCCAGUAUUAUGGAAAAACUUACAAAAACAGAGAAACAUUCAUGACUCAAGAUAAAUGCAAUGUUUGUCGGUGUUCGAAUGGGAAGGUCAAGUGUACCAACUAUGAUUGUUAUAGACCGGUGAGUGAGAUGAUUUAUUAAUGUUUUAUUAAUGUU